GCUUUGAAUGGUCACUCUAUGGAGGUGACGGUGUGGGGCUAAGGACAGCUACAUCUGCUGCUGACUGUCGCUCACCCAGCUACCGGUGGCCGUCCACAAUGCAAAAAGUUUUGGAAUAUGCAUUGGAUCGGGCUGAGUACAUUGUUGAAAGUGCUCGUCAAAGGCCAGCCAAGAGGAGAGCCUCAUCUGGAGGGAGGAAAAGUUUAUACCAGAAACUGUAUGAGCUGUAUAUCGAAGAAUGUGAGAAAGAACCAGAGCUCAAGAAGCUACGACGGAAUGUGAACCUGCUAGAGAAGCUGGUGUCACAAGAGUCAGUGUCGUGUUUAGUGGUCAAUCUCUACCCCGGCAACGAGGGAUAUUCCCUCAUGCUACGUGGAAAGAACGGGUCUGACUCUGAGACAAUACGUCUGCCAUAUGAGGAGGGGGAGCUGUUGGAGUACCUGGAUGCAGAAGAGCUUCCCCCAAUCCUGGUGGAUCUCCUAGAGAAGUCCCAGGUGAACAUCUUCCACUGUGGUUGUGUGGUGGCGGAGGUCAGGGACUACAGACAGUCUGGCAACACCAAAAUGCCCUCUUACCAGAGCAGACACAUCCUGCUACGGCCCACCAUGCAGACCCUGAUCUGUGAUGUCCAUGCAAUGACCAGUGACCACCACAAGUGGACACAGGAGGAGAAGUUACAGCUGGAGAGUCAGUUGUUGUUGGCCACAGCUGAGCCUCUGUGUCUGGACCCCUCCAUCUCAGUCACCUGUACUGCCAACCAGCUGCUGUACAACAAGCAGAAGAUGAAUACGCGCUCCAUGAAACGUUGUUUUAAGCGUCACUCCCGGGCGGCGCUGAACCGCCAGCAGGAGCUGUCUCACCAAGCCCCACCCCCUCAGCUGCGUCUCUAUGACUACCUGCAGAAGAGGAAGGACAGGAAACUUCCGUCCUCGAUAGACCUCAAGAUCUCCAAUGCUGGAAACUGUGUGGACAUGUGGAAGCAGAACAACUUCCAACUUACUGUCCCUAAGGAGAUUGAUGUGGACAGGUAUGCUGUGGUGGAGAAGUCCGUAAAGCUGGAGGAAUCCCAGCCCAACGUCUGGCCUGCGGAGGAAGUCAUAGAUGACUAUACGUUUGAGUGUGAGGUGGGGGGCCAGGCCCAGAGGACCAAGGUGUGCAUCUUCCAGUCGGUGGGGGACCCUCUGGUGUAUGGGAAGAUCUACUGCACCAAAGAGCCCAAAGCAGAGGAGGACAGUAACGACCUACAUCUCAUACACCCACCGUUCCUAAUAGGAUCCAAGAUAGAUGCUGAACGGUUUCUGUCACAGUAUAAGGGUGUUUAUGAACGAGACGUCAAGUGUCAGGUGAAGAUGUCUCAUCACUCCGGUGUUGUGGGACAGAACCAUCUCUCACCAAACAGAGAGAUCGAGGUGGAGGGUCUGUCAACCAUGGUCCAGUCCUCAGGCGUGUUGGGAAAGGGGGUGAAGCACAGAUCGAGCAGCAGUUCUUCUGGUAACCUGUACAGUUCGUCCCAGGCCACCAGUGGUCUCCUGAAGUGUCCCACGCCCCCACCAGGAAGCGGCCCCCCCAAACCUCAGUCCCUGAGCAGGAAACACUCCCUGGAGCUGGGCCAGGGACUUCAGCUGGGCGGUCAGUUAGGGCAGGUGGGGCUGUUGUCCCCGGCAGCACUGUCACCGAUGGCAUCAACGCAGAGAUCGGGGACGCCGAAGCCGUCGACGCCCACCCCCACCAACACCCCCUGUUCCACGCCUCACCCCCCGGACUCCCUCCUCUCGCUGCCUCCCUCCGUCACCCCCACCCCUCCAGAGUCCCAUUCGCAGGCUCUCCUGGCCACCUACCCCCAGCAGCAGCUGGCCCUGUCCCAGGCCGUCAUGACCAUCCCCCUACCCACCGGCACCACCACGUCUCCGGUCAUGGCCAACCCCGCCGGCCUCAACUUCAUCAACGUGGUGGGCUCUGUCUGCAGUCCCCAGGCUCUGAUGAGUUCCAGUCCCAUGUUGGCGUCUGGUCUCAACCUGAGUGGUUUAGGAGGACUGAUGCCUGCUAUGCAGCCUACCACACAGACAGGGAGUCCAUUUGGUUUAAAUAACAGUUCUGGCCUCCGACCACUCAAUCUGCUGCAGAUUCCAUCGGGUCCUCUAAUCUUUAAUUCCCUUCAGCAGCAGCAGUUGUCCCAGUUCUCUCCUCAACAGAGUCAGUCUGCCACAUCAAGCCCACAGCAGCAAGGAGACAUGGGCGAUCAGGGGUCGGACCAGGGCGCCCAACAGACUGCAGUUAUCAACCUGACUGGAGGCUUUGUGUCCCCACAAACAGCAGUUGCAAUUCUCGCAGCACCCAACGCAGCAGCAGCAAACGGCUACGGCGGAGGCGGGACCUCAGGUGGUGUUGCCACAGCUACAUACCGCCAGCCAAGCAAGAAGUAAGAAGAGCGUGCUGCGCCCACACCGAAUCAUGACAACCCCCCCCCCCGCACGCAACCGGCCAUGAAAGAGGAGCAAUUCUACAGAGGACUAAAGAAAACACUACACACACACACCUACACCUA